AUGCUGAACCGCCUGCCGGAGCACUACUACCGCCACCGGACGGAGCUGCAGAAGCCCUCGACGCGCGUUCACGAUCGUCCGCCGGAGACGGACUUUUUCGAUCUGAAGUACAACGAUCGGGUGAAGCGAGUUGAACGCGUCCCCGACGUGCCCAUUGAGGUGAUGUACCCGAAGGAGGCCGACCUCGGUCUCUGGGGCGGCGAGGGCAUCGUCAAGGGCUACGUCAAGCCGCGAAAGUACUUCCAAGCGGGCUGGCCGCGACCAAAGUACUUCUUUCCCGAGCUGAAGAAGGCCGUACUGUACAGCGAAAUUCUCGACAAGCACUUCACCUUCAUCUGCACCGGGCGAACACUAGCGCUAGUAGACGAGCACCACGGCCUGGACGGCUACAUUCUGAGAACACCGGUCCAGGACCUUAAGUCGCAGCUGGCGUUGCAGCUUCGCCGAGAGAUGCUGCUGACGCUGCUGGGAAGGAAGAAGACCGGUAGAGAUGAGGCGCACGGCGGUGAGAUGCGCAAAAAGUACGCCGACUGUGUGACGACGAUGCCGCCCGAGGAGGCCGAGUGGUUCGGCCUCUCGACGGUGGACGCCCUCAAGAAGGCCAAACUGGAGACGGCGAAGAGGACGGCAGAAGCGAAACUGCCGCUCAAGUACGCGCUCAGUCGGAAGCUCAUUGAGGAUCUAAAGAAUGCCAAGGACAGCAUCGACUCUGAGCCGAGCAAGCCGACCGGAUGGAUGGACAGGGUAAAGUCUACCCUUGGCCUGAAGACAUCACCAACACCAACAACGUAG